CAGAAUGCAGGGAUGCGGCUGGGGGGUAACCGAACACCGCUUCCGAAUCCGGCCCGUCGUCGCUUCCGAGUUUCGACAUUUUGGAAAGCCAAGCUCCGAUCAAGGUUCCACGUUGCAGAUACUGGAUAAGAUCUUCUCACGUCAACUCCCUUCCCUUGUAUCAGAAAAAAUACGUAUCAGAAAAAAUACCCUAGGACACGAGGCUUUCCUCGUUGGCCAUGUGUUCGCAAAGCCGACCCGUCCUAAUGGUCUAGGUAGCUGAAUGCUCGAGCGCGCCCAUUGCCUCGGGCCAAGUCAACAUCGCGUUGCGUCGCACGGCGUCGCUGUCGCGUAAUGUCGCAGCCUAGCGAACACGAGCAUGGCCGUCAGGACGAAGCGAUGCCGGGACCACGACGUAGCACCGACUGCAACAGUCGCCGCCCUUCGAGAUCGUCUGCCGAAUACGGCGCCCCCGAGUCGUACCGUAAUCUCGACGGUGCCCUCGCGCCAGUUCGAGAUGCAGGGGAUGCCACGACGGCCCAGCAACCGCAGCGGCAGCCGUCUAGUCGGUCAUCGGCUAGGGAAGUCCGGAACGCGCGUCGCGCAUCGACCGCCUCCCGCGUGGAUUAUGACAACCCAGACGCGUAUGCCAACCUCGACGAGGUUAUUGACGUCUCGCCCGUCCAGAACCCGGACGAAGAGCCCACACGCCGGUUCGAGACACUAGAGCAGGUCCGGGCUCGCGACCGGGAAUACACUCGGGAUCAGAGACUUGAGGAGAGGAAGGCUUCCGGUGGCGAACCGCAGCCGGGUCUAGAAAUAGCGGCAGAAGAAAGCGGCAGAGUCGAGAUCUCGCGCCUGGCCACGCAGAUCUACACUGUUUCCUAUCUCGUGCUGUUCUCCAUCCUCGGUACCCUUGCUAGGCUGGGACUCCAGGCCCUGACGUCUUCGUACCCUGGGGAGCCUGUCAUCUUUGCGUCCCUCUGGCCCAACUUUGCUGGGAGUGCUGUGAUGGGGUUUCUUGCCGAGGACCGCAUGCUCUUCCGCGAUCCGCUGCAUGCGAACCGGACCCCGGAGGCGAAGCAAAGCAAGGGGCCAGACCAGGAGAGUGGCGGCUCUGGCGAGUCGCCGACCGCUGCGGACCUGGCCGCUGCAAAGAAAGAGCACGCCGCCAUAAAGAAAACCAUCCCGCUCUACAUCGGGCUGGCAACCGGGUUCUGCGGCUCCUUCACGUCGUUUUCGUCCUUCAUCCGUGACAUGUUCUUCGCCCUAUCGAACGAGCUGACCGCCCCGGGCGCCGGCGCCGAGGCGGCGAGGAACGGCGGCUAUUCCUUCAUGGCCGUGGUGGCCGUCCUGCUCGUGACAGUGUCGCUCUCGCUCUCGGGCCUGUUCAUCGGCGCCCACCUCGCCAUUGCGCUCGAGCCAGUCACGCCUGCCUUGACGAGCCUGUUCACCCGGAAAAUCGUCGACAGGCUCGCCGUGGUGCUUGGCUUCGGGUCGUGGAUCGGCGCCGUGCUGCUGUGCAUCUGGCCUCCGGACCGCGGCGGCCGCGGCCAGGAGACGUGGCGCGGCACGGCAACGUUUGCGCUCGUCUUCGCGCCGCUCGGCUGUCUGUGCCGCUUCUACGCGUCGCUCUGGCUGAACGGCCGCAUCGUCAGCUUCCCCCUCGGCACUUUCGCCGUCAACAUGGCCGGAACUGCUAUGCUGGGCAUGGCUUGGGACCUGGCGCACGUCCCCCUCGGCGGCGCCGUCGGCUGCCAGGUCUUGCAGGGCGUCCAGGACGGGUUCUGCGGCUGCUUGACCACCGUGUCGACCUGGGUGGUUGAGCUCGCGGCCCUCAGGCGCCGGCAUGCUUACGUUUACGGUGGCGCCAGUGUCGCGGUGGGCCUGGCGUUGCUGGUCGUCAUCAUGGGCAGCCUGAAGUGGACUGAUGGCUACGCCGCCUUGCUCUGUACCCAUUAGGCGGCCGUGUCUGCUGGUGUAAACAACUGUAAUAUGCUGUCUUGGCUGGCUUUGUGUUCACCUGAGGAGGGUAAAACACCCAAGUCUAGAUACCCCGAGCUAAAAAUAGCUCUAAUAGGAUUUGAUACUAAACCUUACCUCAAAUUCGAGAGUUUAUAUAUUUUCAUCUUCAAGACUUUCCAAUGUCUAGACUUCGCCAAUAUUUAAGAACUAGUUGGAGUUCAGCGGAAUUCCUCAUGGAACGUAAUUAGAGUACUUUACUAUUCCAUAUGCGCUCCCUACCUCCUGAUAUUGAUUUGGAGGCACCGAGUUAAACUUAAAACAUAGUCUAAUGCCUAAAUACCUAUCUACAAUUCUCU